CUUCCCCCAACCAGCCAGACCCAAAACCUCCACUCGCUGCUCUCCUCGUCUCCUCCGAGUCGCCUGCUUCCCCUCCCCCCACCCCCACCCCGCGCGGUUGACCCACGGGGGCCUUCGCCAGUGAAAAUGGAUGGGAGCACUAGAGGAGGCGGGCAUUCUGAUGCAUUAAAGAACUACAAUCUGGGAAGAACAUUAGGUAUUGGCACAUUUGGUAAAGUGAAGAUUGCAGAGCACAAGCAUACAGGACACAAGGUUGCUAUAAAGAUCCUCAACCGUCGUCAAAUGAGAACUAUGGAAAUGGAAGAGAAGGCAAAGAGAGAAAUCAAGAUACUGAGGUUGUUUAUUCACCCCCAUAUCAUCCGGCUUUAUGAGGUCAUCUACACACCUACAGACAUAUUUGUUGUGAUGGAAUAUUGCAAGUAUGGUGAGCUAUUUGACUGCAUUGUGGAAAAAGGCAGGUUACAGGAAGAUGAGGCUCGCCGAAUUUUCCAGCAGAUUAUAUCUGGUGUUGAGUACUGCCACAGAAAUAUGGUUGUUCAUCGUGAUCUAAAGCCAGAAAAUCUGUUACUUGAUUCCAAAUAUAAUGUUAAACUUGCUGACUUUGGGUUGAGUAAUGUCAUGCACGAUGGACAUUUUUUGAAGACGAGCUGUGGGAGUCCAAAUUAUGCUGCUCCAGAGGUUAUCUCAGGUAAACUGUAUGCUGGACCUGAGGUUGAUGUUUGGAGCUGUGGAGUUAUCCUGUAUGCUCUUCUUUGUGGUACUCUUCCAUUUGAUGAUGACAAUAUUCCCAACCUCUUCAAAAAGAUAAAGGGAGGUAUCUAUAUCCUUCCAAGUCAUUUAUCUGCUCUUGCAAGGGAUUUGAUCCCAAGAAUGCUUGUUGUUGAUCCUAUGAAGAGAAUCACAAUUCCUGAAAUCCGAGAGCAUCCGUGGUUUCAGUAUCGCCUUCCUCGCUACUUGGCAGUGCCUCCACCAGACACAGCACAGCAAGCCAAAAUGAUUGAUGAAGAUACACUUCAAGAUGUUAUCAACCUGGGAUAUGACAAAGACCAUGUGUGUGAAUCGCUGUGCAAUAGGCUACAAAAUGAGGCAACUGUUGCAUAUUACUUACUCUUGGACAAUCGGUUCCGAGCUACUAGUGGCUAUCUGGGAGCAGAACAUCAAUCAGUGGAUAGGAGUUAUAAUCAGCUUGCUUCAUUGGAAUCAGCAAGUUCAAGUUCCAGGCAGUAUCUUCCAGGAAGCAGUGGUUCUCAUGGCAGUGGCCUGCGGCCAUAUUAUCCAGUUGAAAGAAAAUGGGCUCUGGGUCUUCAGUCCCGGGCUCACCCACGUGAGAUAAUGAUUGAGGUUCUGAAGUCACUUCAAGAAUUAAAUGUCUGCUGGAAGAAGAAUGGACAUUACAACAUGAAAUGCAGGUGGUGCCCUGGGUUUCCUCAGGUUAGUGAUAUGUUAGAUGCCAACCACAGCUUCAUUGAUGACUCUACCAUCAUGGAUAAUGGCGAUGUAAAUGGAAGGCUACCUGUUGUGAUCAAGUUCGAAAUCCAGCUUUACAAGACCAGGGAUGACAAGUACCUGCUGGACAUGCAGAGAAUUACUGGACCUCAGCUCCUUUUCCUGGACUUCUGUGCGUCAUUCCUUACCAACCUUAGGGUUCUAUAGCGCCUCUUCUGGCUGAGCGGUGAAUAGCAAGACAUAUUUAUAUCGCGUGUGGUUUCAUCACUGCAACGAUGAAUAAAUAAAUCCAUGUAAAUAGGUGUGUUUCGUCGUGUUCUUUUUACCCAGUCCCUGACAGCGAACCGUGUUGUUUGAGUGACUAGUCUUGUGUCAAGCACCAAAAGGUUAAUGGUGAUGAUAAGACCUGCGUAGUAAGUAGGCUGUGGUGAGUCAUGUGGGCGAAUCCUUGCUGAUUCUGUGGCCUGCAGCACUGCUGGUGAUGCUGCUGCAGCCUAAGCUUUCGUAAUAUGUAUAUGGGAUCUGGUUUAUAUUAAUCUUACUAUUGAACAUAGUGGUUGGUUUAUGUUAA